GGUACCUUUUAAUUAUCAAUUAAGAUGGAUAUCAGAGGCGCUGUAGAUGCUGCUGUCCCAACAAACAUCAUUGCUGCCAAAGCUGCUGAAGUUCGGGCAAACAAAGUAAACUGGCAGUCAUAUCUCCAAGGGCAGAUGAUUUCAGGUGAAGACUGUGAAUUUAUUCAAAGAUUUGAACAGAAAAGAAAUCCAGAAGAAAAACAGGAGUUGUUGCAAACGGAAGGCAAUCAAUGUGCUAAAACAUUUAUAAACUUGAUGACUCAUAUCUCCAAGGAACAGACGGUUCAGUACAUUCUGACUAUGGUUGAUGAUAUGCUGCAAGAAAAUCAUCAGCGUGUUUCUAUCUUCUUUGAUUAUGCAAAACGUGGUAAAAACACUGCAUGGUCCUAUUUUCUGCCAAUGUUGAAUCGACAAGAUCUUUUCACUGUGCAUAUGGCAGCAAGAAUUAUUGCCAAACUGGCUGCUUGGGGGAGAGAACUCAUGGAAGGCAGUGACUUGAAUUACUAUUUCAACUGGAUUAAAACUCAGCUCAGUUCACAGAAACUACGUGGCACAGGUGGUUCUGUGGAAGCAGGAGCAGUCUCCACAAGUGAUAGUUCGCAGUAUGUGCAGUGUGUUGCUGGAUGCCUGCAGCUGAUGCUCAGGGUCAAUGAAUAUCGCUUUGCGUGGGUAGAAGCAGAUGGAGUAAAUUGUAUCAUGGGGGUCUUGAGCAACAAAUGUGGCUUCCAGCUCCAGUAUCAGAUGAUUUUCUGUGUGUGGCUACUGGCAUUUAGCCCUCAAAUGUGUGAAUAUCUCCGUCGAUAUAAUAUUGUGCCAGUGCUGUCGGAUAUUCUUCAGGAAUCUGUCAAAGAGAAAGUAACGAGAAUCAUCCUGGCAGCGUUUCGGAAUUUGUUAGAGAAAUCUACUGAGAGAGAAACUCGCCAAGAAUAUGCUCUUGCCAUGAUUCAGUGUAAAGUUUUAAAGCAGCUAGAGAAUUUGGAUCAGCAGAAAUAUGAUGAUGAAGACAUAAGUGAAGAUAUCAAAUUUCUGCUGGACAAGCUUGGUGAGAGCGUGCAGGACCUUAGCUCCUUUGAUGAGUACAGUUCUGAGCUUAAGUCAGGAAGACUGGAGUGGAGUCCUGUACACAAGUCUGAGAAGUUCUGGCGGGAAAAUGCUGUAAGACUGAAUGAGAAGAAUUAUGAACUACUCAAAAUCCUGACAAAACUUCUGGAGGUUUCUGAUGACCCACAAGUGCUGGCUGUAGCUGCUCAUGAUGUGGGAGAAUAUGUACGACACUAUCCCCGUGGGAAACGAGUGAUCGAACAGCUUGGUGGGAAACAGCUGGUAAUGAACCACAUGCAUCAUGAAGACCAACAAGUUCGUUAUAAUGCAUUACUGGCUGUGCAGAAGCUGAUGGUUCACAACUGGGAAUACCUGGGAAAACAGCUGCAAUCAGAACAACCUCAAACAGCCACCGCACGGAGCUGAACAAUUCCUUUGGUUCGUCCUUAUAACUACAGUAUGUUUGUCUUUACAAGAAAACACUGAAAUUACAUGGUCUUUGCCUGCUACUAGUGCAGAAACUUUCCAGCUUCCCUCCAGUGUUGUUGGCUUAAUAAAAAUCUGUGUUCAGUUAGUUCUGAUGAUUAUUCCUGUUAGCUUCCUGUUAUAUUCUGAAUGUAUAUGGGGAAAUGUGGCUAAUAUAUUGCAUUUGUUUUGUGUAUUUAUUCUCAUAAUAAAGAAUCUUAUU